AUGGGGUGGGCUCCCCGCGGCGGGGGAGACAUCGAGGACGGCAGAGGGACGAGCCAGGAGGCGGCGGCGGCCCUCGCUCUCCGCUUCUCCAGCGGCGGGACGCGCGCCGAGGCCUCCCUCAGGGCUGGCAGGUGCGGAGAGCCCCGCGGUUUGGGGCCGACGGGAGGAAAGGAGACGGAGGCAGUUGCCGGGCGGCGGCGGCGGCAGCAGCAACGGCCAUCACCGCCCCCUUCCGAAGCCGCCUUCUCAUGGCCUCCUCAGCUGCGAGGGGAGCGCGAGAGGGGGAGGUACCCGCGCGAGGCGCCAACGGGCAGCAACCGCCUCUUUUUCCCCCCUCACAGGCCGGACGGCCGACCAACGGCUACUCGGCGCGUGCUUGAGCACGAGGCCCCACCUCCAGCCAGCCUCCCCAGCCCGACGGGACACGUGCGCGCGCACGCGCCACCUUCAGCGAAACAGCGCGCGCGAGAGAGACGGCUCCUCCUCUCCCCAACCAGGCGAGUAGGACGCACGCGUACCAGCCAAUGAGGGAAAGAGGGCGAACUGACGUUAGUCGGGCGGGGCUAUUCGUUAUAUAGUCAGUUGGGGGCGGGGUUUCGGAGGGGGACAGAGACGCAACCGGUCUCAGGUUUCCUUUCAGGCGCUGUUAUCUGUAAGCCGCGGUGUUACCUGUCAUCACCGCUCGGAGCAGCCGCCGUUUCCCGUUUUAACAUUUCGCUUGCCUGCCGUUUGAUUUACCCUGACGCGAAUCUCGUCAGGCAGUCAGAGCUCGUGGGGCGGACGGUCGUCUCGCGCGCUGCGUUAACGCUAAUGGUGCAUUUCUUGCCCCUGCCCCCCCCCCCUUCCAGUAACUGUCAGGAUCUCCUCCUGCUUCCUCACAAUCAGCAAAUCAAGUUCUCGAAUCCAUCAUCAUGAAGCGAACCAUUUCGCAGACUGUGAUCCUCUUAACACAGCACUUCGUCUCCCAAAGGUCGACCAGCCAGGCAGAUGCUGUGAAAAUGCGAUCUGUGCAAUAAGGAUGCUGCCUUGUUUGUCCUCAAGUAUCCAGCUAUCAGAUUACACUGCCUGUAAUCAUGAAGGCUCCAUGCGGCUUAUCAUAUCUGAUAUGGCAAAUUGAUUAAAAUAAUUUCUAUAUGCCUCCUAAAGUUACCAUGGCUGCGUCCAACAACUUAGAACAAUCUUUAAUAAACAUAGUACAUGUGGCCCAAAGGAGCUUUAAGAGGCUCUUCCAUCUCUUUGAUUUUUAUGUGACCAAAACUCAUAGCUUUCAACUUUCAGAUUUGAAAAUAAGGGAUCAGCAGCCUCACCUGUCCUGGGGAGCCUCGAAAAUAAGGGAUCAGCAGCCUCACCUGUCCUGGGGACAGUCUACGGGAUAUCUAACAGUGGGAAGCAGCGGGAAAUGGUGCUGGAAUAAGGGAAUUUCCUGCAAAAAAAGGGAAGGUUGACAUCUAUGACAAAACUCUAAUAACAGAAAGUAGCCUAAGGGAAAAGUUUGAAGAUAUCCCCCUUCCAUGGUUGCUUGUGUAGGGCCUACUUGGCCUUUUUAGCUAAUCCAGGGAUCAAGGGCAGUGUGACCCGUAAAACUGUUGAGUUUUGAACAUUCUAUAUUAAUGACUUCUAAGACCACUAAAAGCACAGUGUUUAGUAUUUAUAAAAUUCUUAUGGAAGCAUAUUUUGGACAUGUUUGAUGCCUUAAGCUUCUAUGGGAACAAAAGUUGGAAAAAUGAUUAGAGUUCACUGUGGGAUAAGUCCUCUUUCCACUCACUUUUAGUACAGUACAAUAUAGAGAAAUCUUGCUGAAAUUACCACACAGGUGGUACUUGAUGCCACUCACAUUGUCUUAUAUAACCCAUGGGGUUCUUCCUGCUGUGCUGGGGGAAGCUGCCAAGUAGCAUGCACAAGUGGGGCUGCAAUAGUUAAGUGUUGAAUACUCAAGGAAAUUGAGGCAAUAGUCAAACAGCACAUCUUGCAAUCCCCAAAUCUAGCCCCAAUGAAUUUUAUUGAUUGAUUGAUUGAUUGAUUGAUUGUAAGGAUCAGAGUAUAAGGAAAUGUUCAUAUGUUGAUAGUGGCAAGGCCUACUAUUGCAAGGUUUGGGAAAUAUUUACUAGGAAUAGUAUUCUACUAGAAUAGCACUUGCUAGAAUACUGUUAUUGUAUGGUGUGGGAUACAGCUUUAUUUUUAAAAUGGAUGUAUAAACUGAGGGUUAUAUGAGGUCAAAACAAGUAAGAUAAGUUUUGCAGUUUGAUUUAAUUUUGUAGACUACAUCAGUAGAAAAGAACAUAGGCAAGCCUUGCCACCAGCAGACAAACGAAGUUGGUUGCAGUAUUAAACUUAUUUCAUCCAAUAUGGUAACUCUGGUUUUGAUGAGCCCUGUGUCUCUUCCCAUCCUUGUGAAAAAGCAUUGUAUUGAUUGGAGUAUGUUUUGUUGUGUACACCUUUAACAUUGCUGAUUCUAAAUAUUGUUGGAAUUCUUCAAGAUUUUUCCUGGCUAAUUUUACUUUAUUUGAUUCUUCUGAUAUAGCUAAUUUUGCUUUAAAAUGAACUAUUGUUUAUAUUAUUUUGCUUAGUUUAUGUUUAAGACAAAAAAAAAUAUUGUGCCAUAUGUUAAAGCCUAAUUUCUUUAUUAAAAUAAUUAAGAUAAUCCAUUAAAAUGCUUUAAAGACCAUCGGAGUAUAAGCAUUUAUAUUUGCCAUAUCUAAGGAACAAUAAAAACUGUUACAUCAUAUGAAAGGCCCAGUAAGGCCUUAGUUAAUAGAUAAGGUUUUAUUGUCCUACAAAAUAGUCUGUUGAUAGACAUGUGUGCUAUCAAUUUGUCUAGCACUUAAAAAAACAACAACCUUAUUAGCUACUGGCUAUCUCCACAAGUUGAAGCAAAUUAAUCGUUAAGCAAUAUUUACUUUUGCUUGCCUGGGAGUUAAGAUGGGAUAAAAGGUGCAAAAUCAUGAUGAGACUGCUUCUCAAUACACCUUUUCACUGAUUUUCAAAGCAAAUAGACAUUAUCGACAGAAUUUUACAGGCUUACCCAGAAUGUUAUCUUGCCUGAUUGCCAAAGCUAGAGAUGCAAGGACAGAAAAAUAAAUCUAGCUAAUAUAUUUUUGCACUUAGUGCAGAUUUGUGAUCUGCAAUAGCACAGGGCUGAUGGUGGCAUUUGUAGUGUGCCAUGCCCAUGUGCAUUGUGAAUGUGUGUGUAUAAACAUUGUGUAAUAUCACAGAUGAGACCAGUAGUUUGACCCAUUUUUUUACAGUGCAAUUGACAAGCUUGCAUGUGGGUGUGUUGGUUUGCCAGGUGCUAUGCAGAUUCGCAGGGGCGUAGCCAGAGGGUGUGACAGGGGGAAAUGCUCCCCUAAAUCAAGUAAAUAGAUAAGAUUACUUAACUAAUUGACCAAUUGCAAUGCAGAUAACUUAGUUCUCCACCCCAUAACAUAAAGCCCCCCCCAUAAAUCCUGGCUAUGCCCAUGCAGAUUAGCUAGGCCAGAACAAAAUCCAAGUCUUUCUUCCUGGGUUGAAUGACUUAUUGCUGUCUCAGGUCAUCUAGCAAAUAGUUCAAAUGACUCCAGCAGCUUAAAGUCUUGACAGGCUCUGGAAAAAGCACCAGCAGGGAUGGGGAACCUGUGGAUGUCCAGAUUUUGUUGGACUCCAGCUCCCAUCAGCUCCUGCAGCAUGGUCAAUAAUAGGAGUUGUAGACCAAUAACAUCAGGAGGGAUAAUGAGAGUUAUAUAGCAAUAUAUGGAGAGCCACAGGUUCUGCACCACUGUUCUACAGCUGGAAUGAGAAAAGAGGCAGUCACUUAAGUGUGUGGCAGGAAUAAUUCUUACAUGGCCAGCUGCUAUAGCAUGUUAAAGACUAUUAGACAGUGCUUGAUUAAUGGCUUUUGUUUUCAACAGAGGGUAAAAAGUUGAAAAAUAGUGCUGCAGCACAUUGAUUAGGUGUCUCCUACUCUGAGCACUGUGACCCCAUAACCCAAUACUAAAUUCUACUCCCACUGGCAAAAGGGUGACAUAGUCAAAGAUCCAAAUCUGUUUGUGUAUAGUUACUGUUAUCUCACCUGUGUCCUUUACAGUGCAAUAUUAUGUACCAGCUGGAAUGCUUUCAUUGCAGCUACCUAUACACAGGCAUAUCAUGAAAAUAUGCCACUGCCAAAGAUUUGAUACAUAGAUUUAUUUAUUUUUUUACCUUUUACAGAGAUAUGCUGAGAUACGAGUUGGGCUCCGAAAAUGAAAUUCCACUUGACAAUGAGGGUUGGAAUUCUGUCUAG